AUGCCAGCAGGUGGGCCAUCAGGACUGGCGGGCGGCGGGGCAGCAGGUGGGGCGAGUGGGGCGAGUGGGGGCCAAUCAGGGCCGCCUCAUGACGCCCGCUCGCUCUCUCCCGCCAUCCCACAGGGGCCGGGGCAGGGGGAGCACAUGCAGGGCCAGGGACAGGGGUUAGGGUUGGGACAGGGGUUAGGGCUAGGGCUGGGGCUGGGGCAGGGAAUGCAAAUCCAGGGGGCAGUGGCGCAGGGGAAUGCAGGCGGGGCACCGCCUUUUCCAGGGGGAAUGCACGCGGGGCACGGGCAAGGGGGGAUGCAAGGGGGGAUGCAAGGGCAAGGGGGAGUGGCUGGAGGGCAUGCACAUGCAGCAGCAGGGGGGGGAAUGCCUGGGCUGGCGAUGCUGCAGCUGCCCGCUGCUGCCCAUGGCACCAUGGCGGGUGGCAUGGGCGCACUGCCAGGGGGCGGGGGAGGCGCUGGGGGAGCAGCAGGAGGGGGAGCAGGCGGAGGGGGGAGUGUGAGCAUGCAGAUGAGCGGAGGGGGAGCAGCGGUAGGGGAGGCGGGGAGGGGAGGGGUGGGGGCGUGGGGUGGUAUGGGCGCGGCAGUAGGGACGGGGGGAAUGGCCCCUGCAGGCUCCCCAGCAGCAGCAGCAGGUGCUGCGAGCACAAGUGCCAUCGCCAUGCCCGGUGCAAGUGGGCUGGGCGACAUGCAGAGCGGUGCUGCAGGUGCAGGGGAGGAGUCAGCAGCAGCGGCAAGCGGGGGUGGCAGCAGCAUUGGCUUUGGUCUCUCCGCUGCUGGCGGCGCUGCUGGCGCUGCUGCUGCUGCUAGUGGUGGGGUUGGUGGGUUGGGUGGAGGCCCGUUUGUGUGCGGUGUAGAUGGGUGCGGAAAGGCGUUUCUGGAUGCAGGGGGGUUGAGGAAGCAUUCGAACGUGCAUGGGGAGAGGCAGUUUGUGUGCCAUUAUGAAGGCUGCGGCAAGGUGAGGGCUGCGGCAAGGUGA